AUGGAUCCUUGGACGACAGCUCUAUUGUUGACCGCGUGUGGCGCCCUUUAUUACUACUUGAGGAAGAAGCUGCACUUUUUCAAGGUCAUGGGCGUGCCCUACUGUUCGGAAUGGCCGAUGCUGGGCAUCACGGGAUCGUCGAUGUUCGGCCGGAAGCACUUCGUGGAGGUGAUACGGGAUCUGUACAACUCGCACCCUGAGGCGAAGUACAUGGGCGCCUUCGACUUCCUGCGGCCGCUCAUUGUGCUGCGUGACCCCGAGCUCAUCAAGGCCAUUGGCAUCAAGAACUUUGACAACUUCGCGGACCACAACUCCUACGUCGACGACACGGUGGAUCCGCUCUUUGGCGCCAAUCUGUUCAACAUCAGCGGGGACAAGUGGAAGGAGACGAGGAACCUCAUUUCCCCGUCUUUCUCCUCGAGCAAAAUCAAGCAGAUGUACCAACAAGUGGUCGAGUGCGCCCGGAACCUCAACUCCUACUUGGCCGAGCAGCCCAAGGACGCCCUGAGCAUGAUCGCGACCAAAGACCUCUUUACCAAGUACACGAACGACGUCGUGGCUACCUGCGCCUUCGGGAUCAAAGUAGACAGUUUGAGGAAUCCAAACAAUGAGUUCUACGUCCUCGUCAGGGAAGCCACGAACCUAGAGGGUCUCCAGUCCUUGAAGUUCUUCAUGGCUCGGGCCUUUCCCCGAGUCAUGAAGACCCUGCGCAUAAAAUUCGUGAACGACCACGUAGCCAAGUUCUUCGAAGCCAUAAUCGCCGAUGCCAUCGACACCCGAAUCGCCCAAGGUAUCAGACAGUCGGACAUACUGCAGGUGAUAAUGGACGCGAGGGACAAGAAUACGAGCAAGCACGUGAAACUCGACAUCACGAAUAUCACUGCACAGGCGUUUAUUUUCUUCUUCGGGGGCUUCGAUACCUCGUCCACCCAAAUGUGCAUCAUAGCUCACGAGUUGACGAUAAACCCCGACAUCCAGAAGCGAUUGCAAGAAGAGAUCGACCAAGUUAUGGGGCACUCGGGCGGCCAGCCCAGCUACGAGGACGUCAACUCGAUGCCGUACCUCGACGCGGUGUUCAACGAGUCGGUGCGACGGCACAGCCAGUGCUCGAUACUCGACCGGCGUUGCGUCAAGGCUUUUGAAUUUCCGCCGGCGGUGCCCGGGGCGGCGCCUUUCAUCGUCCAGCCGGGGAUGAACGUCUGGAUACCCGCGGCCGGCCUGCACAUGGACCCCAAGUAUUACGCGAAUCCAGAGGCGUUCGAUCCGGACAGGUACUUCCAGAAAAAAGUCACCAUGAACGACGUGACCAAUUUGGGUUUCGGGAUCGGGCCGCGGGCCUGCAUUGGGGUACGGUUUGCGCUUCUGGAGAUAAAGGUCCUGUUCUUCUUUCUGCUGGCCAAGUACAAUUUGGUACCAAACUCCAAGACGCGGGUGCCCUUCGAUUACAGCAGGGAUGGAUUCGUCAUCAAGCCACCUGGAGGGUUCUGGCUGGCCGUCGAGCCACGAGAUUAG